GUUAUGGCUAUCCAAGGAACAGGAAGCACGUGGCCAUUCUUCUGGCAUCAAUGCUCGAGCGGUGCGAUACGCGAACGCGAACACGUGGCGAGACCGCCAUACGGUUACGGCCUUAAUAAACCAGCCUUGUGUUUAAUCAUAUAAUCUAGAGAGGAAAGAUGCAGAAUAUAAUGCAAGGAACGAUCUCGGAUAGCCAAAAAAGCCACGAAGAGCAAUCCGCAGCACCAGCAGCAGCGAGCGUUUAUUACGAAACGGAGAAGACAUCGUGGACUCCCCAAUGGCCGAAUUGGAGCGCUACGGAAACCGAGACCUUGCGGGAGUGGCAGCCAAAUUUUAUCACAGACUGUUUGGCAAGGGAGGAGGACGUCUCCGAGGUCUCUUUGGCGAUGAAUGCUAACGUAGAAGAUUGUGGAAUUGCAGGGGAUUGUACCCUUUUGAUGAGAGCCGCCAAGGCAGGAUGCGUAAAUUUGGUGAAAUGGUUAAUAAAUCAUGGAAUAGAUGUAAACACCCAAUCUACUUUCGGUAAUACACCUCUAAUGUAUGGAUGUGCUGGUGGACAUGAAGAGGUUGUACGUGUCUUAUUAGAAGCGGGAACUAAUGUUGAAGAUCAUAAUGAUCUUUAUGGUCAUACACCCUUAAUGGAAGCAGCGAGUACUGGUCGUGUGCAAAUUGCUAAAAUCUUACUUGAACACGGUGCUGGCAUCAAUACUCAUUCCAAUGGUAAAGAAUCGGCAUUAUCGUUAGCAAGCCGUCAUGGACAUUUAAAGAUGUUCCACUUCUUAUUAAAAGCUGGCGCAGAUCAGAUACAACAAUCCCAGCAGCCACAAACGCAAUCACAACCUCAUUCUACUCAACUAAUGUCGCAUCCUACACAUCACCAUUUGCAUUGCCAGAAACCGGCUCAAGAAAUUGUUUGCUCAGCAGUUGACAUGAUUAUAUACUUAAAACUGCCUUUGAAAAUUGUAAAGAUGCCUAGAUGUGUGAAGAGUAGGGACUACGAAAAAGCUAUAAGCAAUGUUAAAGAAAUUGUUCCACCAUUUUGGGCAUAA